AUGUCCUACGAUUGCUAUGUUGCCAUCUGCAGACCCCUGCACUAUGAGACCCUCCUGGGCAGCAGAGUUUGUGUCCACCUGGCAGCAGCUGCCUGGGCCUGUGGGUUCCUCAAUGUUCUGCUGCACACAGCCAAUACAUUUUCCCUGCCCCUCUGCCAUGGCAAUGCUGUGGACCAGUUCUUCUGUGAAAUCCCUCAGAUCUUCAAGCUCUCCUGCUCCACAUCCUACCUCAGGGAAGUUGGACUUGCUGUGUUCAGUCUCUCUUUAGGUUUGAUUUGUUUUGUGUUGAUUGUGGUGUCCUAUGUGCAGAUCUUCAGGGCUGUGCUGAGGAUCCCCUCUCAGCAGGGACGCCACAAAGCCUUUGCCACCUGCCUGCCUCACCUGGUUGUGCUCUCCCUGUUUAUCACCACUGCAAUUUUUGCCAACCUGAAGCCCCUCUCCAUCUCCUCCCCAUCCCUGGAUCUGGCCGUGGCAGUUCUCUACUCAGUGGUGCCUCUAGCAGUGAACCCUCUCAUCUACAGCCUGAGGAACCAGGAGUUGAAGGCUGCCCUGAAGUCUGGCCCCUUCCAGUACCAAUUGGAUCUCCUGAACCCCUCCUAG